UCCAUCCGGCCCGCACAAGCUGAGCACAACUCAAACACUACCCCUGCUGCCCUGCAGACCACCCGUCGUCUGUCUCGCCGGCUCGCCGCCUCCUAAACCCCCCGCCACCGCCUCCCCCGUCUCUCUCCCCCCGCCGCCUCUCCCGCUCCGCCCCGGCGCCAUGUCGGUGACGCUGCACACGAACCUGGGCGACAUCAAGUGCGAGGUGUUCUGCGACCAGGUGCCCCGCACGGCUGAGAACUUCCUUGCCCUCUGCGCCAGCGGCUACUACGACGGCACCGUCUUCCACCGCAACAUCAAGGGCUUCAUGAUCCAGGGCGGCGACCCCACCGGCACCGGCAAGGGCGGCGCAUCCAUCUGGGGCGCCAAGUUCGCCGACGAGUUCAGGGAGUCCCUCAAGCACAACGCAAGGGGGAUCAUGUCGAUGGCCAACAGCGGGCCAAACACCAACGGCAGCCAGUUCUUCAUCACCUACGCCAAGCAGCCGCACCUCAACGGACACUACACCAUCUUCGCCAAGGUCAUCCACGGAUUCGAGGUCCUCGACCUCAUGGAGAAGGCGCAGACCGGACCGGGGGACAGGCCGCUCGCCGAGAUCAGGCUCAACCGCGUCACCAUCCACGCCAACCCACUCGCCGGCUGAUCCACCAGCACCGACCUGGAGAGCUCAUCCUGCAUCUUUGUGGCUGCUAAUCCAUGGUUUGGUCUGCCUGAACCUAUCCUUUGGUACUGCAAGCACAUCGUGUUGCAAAUUGAAAUGGUGGAUGUAACCGCGAUUUGCGUAGCGAUUUCUUGCCCAUCCUGAAUUAUGAAUUGUGAUGUGGAUUGCAAUUUCACAGGACGAAUCAUGAUGCAGAUGAUGCUGUGGGCUGUGGCCUGUAACUUUGAAGUGUUGGUUCUCCCCUGACAUGAUUAUUGGUUGGUAGCCGUUUAUAUUUGCACUGACUAUUAUGCUC